AUGGAGAAAUACCCAGACAGCCCGGAAGUCUGUCUCAAAGCGCUCGCCAAACUUCGCUCAGGUAGUCCCAAUGAUGGCCACGUGCGUCUCGAGUUUCAUGAACUGGUCUCCUCGCACGAAUAUCGAAAGAGAUUCAAGACCGGAUACAUUGGUCUCUUGUCUAGUGCCGGUAUGCGGAAGCGUCUCGCAUACGGCGUGUAUGCUAUGGCCCUUCAGCAAUUUGGCGGUAUAGCGGCUUUGACAAUGUACGCGGCCUUGAUCUACGAAUCCCUUGGCUGGAACGCAGGCCACCAAGCUUUGGCCAUCAACGGUAUCCAGGCAGCUUUGCAGCUGGUUAUUGUUUUGGUCAAUACCUUCACAGUAGACAAGUUUGGCCGGAGGUCCCUGCUUAUCGCUGGGUUCUUGAUUCAGAGCAUCGCACUCCUCAUUCUGUCAUCGUUGACCACGACCUACCCGGAUAAUACGAACAAAGCCGCUGCGAUCGCCGAAGUGGCCAUGCUCUUCAUUGUCGGUUUAACGUACUGUUGGUCAAACGGUCCUGUUACUCCAGCAAUCGCCUCGGAGAUCUUCCCUCAGGAGGUGCGAGAUAAAGCGUUUGGUCUCUCGCUUCUAGGACAAACUGUUUGUUUGCUGGCGUUGACGCAGCCGUGGCCCAGGUUCAACCAGGAAGUCGGGGCCAAAAGCUAUUGGUUGCUCUUUAGUUUGAAUGUCGUUGCGCUGGGUAUCUCGCUCGAGCGUAUGGACAAGUUGUUUGGAGAGCUUGAUGCCGUUGAUGAGGGUGAGAAGGAGACUUCGGCGAACAAGCUUGAAGCUAUUACUUAUAGUGGGGGAUUGCCAGAUGGUGAGAAGGCGCAUGCGAUCUCGCACGUCGAGGAACACCUGAAGGAAUAA